CCUUUUCUUCAGUGCCAUUUCAACAUCUGCUCAACAGUUGGGUCAUAAGGCAAGGACCACCUCUAACACGAGAGGCAGCCACUCAGUUCCAGCGGACGAAGUCUUCCAAUCCUUUUUUAUGUCUUCCUCCAUUUUUCCCCGCAGAUCCGCUUACCGGCCCGGGGUGAGCAGGAUCAGCUCCCGAGUCCUGCUUCGGUUCCCCCAAAGAGUGAAGAAUCAAGGAACGGUGGACUUCCUCCCAGUGAAGCCGCGACACCAGUGGGAGUGGCACAGCUGUCACCAGCAUUAUCAUAGCAUGGAAGCCUUCAGCAACUAUGACCUUCUGGAUGCCGUCUCCCAUGAGAAGGUGGCGGAAGGUCAUAAAGCCAGUUUCUGCCUGGAGGACACUUCUUGCGAUGCCGGGGUCCGUCGACGCUAUGCGUGCACUGCUCAUAUUCAGGGUCUGAGCCCAGGCUGCUACGAUACCUACCAUGCCAAUAUUGACUGCCAGUGGAUUGAUAUUACCGAUGUCCCUCCUGGAAAUUAUAUUCUCAAGGUGACCGUCAACCCUGAUUUCCUGGUGGCUGAGUCGGACUUCUCCAACAAUGUUGUCCGGUGUGAUAUUAUGUACACAGGGGUGUACGUCGACACACACAACUGCCAAAUUACAAGUUUUUGAAAAGAGA